UGAUUUCCUCGAGGUUGAUCUUAUUAGACGCUUGUCUAGGCACAUUGAGCACGUUCAAAUUUAAACCCCGCCGCGGCUGCCCCCAGACCGGCGGUAACUCUGACUUUCGUGAUGAAUCUUGAAUGGCCCCGACGGUCUGUAACAAGACCAAGAUGGAUACCUGACAGUAGUCAUUGGUCAAAACGAAGUUUGCAAAUUUGAAUCUUGAACUUUAAAUUUCAUCAAUCACCACAUAACUUGAUAAGAUAUGGUGUGUUCAGCGCCCAGCGCUCAAUUCCUACAGAAGGAUUCGUUGAGCUCUACAGAAUGACACGACGUCGCAAGAAUACCUCAAAACAACAAGCCAGAACGGAGCUUGCAGGAGAAGCUCAGCAGACGGACGACUCUCCGAGUCCAUAUGCACCUACGAUGCAAUACCAACAUUUCAUUCCACGGUUUAUCUUGCGAAGAUUUCAAGUCGGACCUGUGAAGUCCAAAACAGAACGACAAAGAGAAUUUCGACACACCGGUGUUGAUCCUGAAUACGUCCACUACUAUGAUAUUGCUACGGGUAGCCUUGACAUUCGUCCCAUUGGAAAAGUUUACGGCGUACCAAAUUUCUAUCAGGACGUCCGCAACACCCAUAAUAUCAAUGAACUAGAGGAGAAAUUAGCGGACCUCGAACGUCAUGCAGCCUCCAUCAUCAUGGACCUGCAUAAAACGCUUCCUCAGGGUACUUUCACCCUGAAGCGGAGGUCACUAGAGCUCCUGCGGAAGUUCCUGUUUAUCAUGCACUAUCGCAACCUGUCGUGCUCCGACACCUAUUUUCAAGCGGAUCACCCGGAGAACGCAACAAGCCGCCAGUGGAUUGAGUCCUUCAUGAAAGCGAAGGAUAUUCGAUCUGCUGUCGAGUUUUGGCUAUACGUCCUCAGAUACUACCUGGACACAUCGCAUUCAGACAUCAUGCGAGAUGCUGCAGAACUCGUAGAGAAGUACGGCGAAGAAGGUCUUCAAAAAAUGCUCACCGAAUCGCAUAUCCCACCUGAUCUCGAACACUUCCCAGCUUACACUUACCACACUCAUGCGAACAACUACUUCUUCAGUAUCUGGGAAGCCGCGGAAGGGGAAGAAUUUAUUGUUACACACAAUGCAUUCGGCCUGUGGGAAGGUUUGGCAGAUGGCAGCCCUGACCUGCACCGCAUAUUCGUAGUCAGCCCUCGCAUUGCUCUCAUCCUGCGCAGUGUGUUACUACGUCCAGAAUUGAAAGAGUUUGUGAAACCGCUUUCACCCAUGAGCACCUUGCUCAACGUGAAUCCAGCACCGCCAACUCCAAUUUACACCAGUGGAAAAGAUGGCAUACACAUCAACCAAGUGGAUUACCAAUCCGCGCGGUCACUUGCAUGUUACAGAUCCUCCCAGGAAGGGGGAAAUGAUAGCUUUAUGUUCAAGAUCACAAAGCUGUCCCGACCACAAACCUCGGAGUUCAACUCUGUUGUAUUAGUCAACGUGAGGAAAACAGGCUCUUUGACCUUCCUGUCAAGGGGGAGUAUGCUUCGCACCGCACGUGCGUUCCGGAGUGUGCCAGCCAAUUUCCCUGCGAGCGAGCUGCUCGUUCCGCUCAUUGCGCAGUUGACGAAUACCAUGGAGACAGAAAUGUCGGCUCUCCGCCCACCAUUACAAUCACCAGUGGCUGUCCUCGACCAGAACAUUGACGCACUUGCACUCGUUGAUGUAGUACUUUAUGUGCUUCUAAUGCAGAUUUGCAUGGGUGGCAAGCAGUUCGAAACGGCAUACGACAGGGCGCAUCUAGUCUUUAGAAUCAUGGAGAAAGCAAAGCCCACGUCGUUCGCAGACGAAAUCAACCGAGAAGUCGAGAAGGCUUUCAAGGCCUGCAAAGAUUCAGAGGAUGGGAUGUCUUUCGCAGAAGGCGUCAGUUUCGCUCCCUUACUCCCUUCGAUCUCCAGCGAGUUGUCUUCUCAACUCUUCCAAUUCAUGAUACCUUGCAUGAGCAGACUGGGCGCGGUGAUAUCUGGAGGUGGAGACAUUUUGGAAGAGCUCCAAGAUGAGGUCGCCGUAGUGAGCUUUCUUGCACGUGCAUCAAGCAGCCCAGCAGCGUGGCAUGCACUCUCGUGUACCAGCCCACAGGCCCCCGAAAUAUUAUCAAGGCUAUUCAAGAAAGGCACUCCAAUAGAUGGAUCUGUUGUGAGAUUCACGCGGUAUAUGUACCGCGAGCGGGCUUCGCCAUCAUCUUUCUCUUCCAAAUUUCACCUGGCAUAUUCGUUACGAGGACUGUGCGGGAUGGCUGGGCCAACCACCAAUGCCGUCAGUCGGAGCUACUACCAAUUAACGGCUUCUAUAAUCCAAUGUCUUGGUCGCACAAUGCUGAGGUCCCUGCCGGAACCGUACGCUUCACAGCCGCGCGAGAGGCCCAAGGCCCGGCUUAUCUGCAAGAUCCCUGAAGAACAUUCAGACUUACUUUUCUCGAAUGUGAAGAUGAUACUGCAGAAAUCGCUCCCGGGAUAUGAGCCGUCGCCAGGAGGGGAUACUCUGGACCAGACCCUCAGAAAGUGGAUAGAGGAGAUGGCUAUCGUCGGUUACCUUGCGUGGUCAGGGAAACACAGGAGAAAUUAUUUGGACUUCAUUCUGGAUGGGUUUUCGCAGGGUAUGAAUUUUAAGCUGUUUGAAGAUGAAGACGUCGCUGGGAGUACCUGAAUCAGCUUAUUCGAAUUGAUCUUCUAAAUCACUUACUGAUCGGAUACAUCAGCUGUACGUAUAUUUUGAAUAAAAUGACGACUUAUUGGGGAGAUACCAA